CUCCGCCCCCUCCGGCCCCCAGCUACCCGGCAACGAGGGGACGAAGCUUCCGGGGCGGGGCCUCCCCGGCUACAAAAGGCUCCGGAUGCCGAGCCCCGCUUAGAACUUUCCAGAAAAGUCGGGAGGCCGCGAGAGCCGCCGGAGCCAGCCAGCCAGGUCGCCGUUCACGAUGGUGAAAGAAACGACGUACUACGAUGUGCUCGGAGUGAAGCCCAGCGCGUCCCAGGAGGAGCUGAAGAAGGCCUACCGCAAGCUGGCGCUGAAGUACCACCCCGACAAAAACCCCAACGAGGGCGAGAAGUUCAAACAGAUUUCUCAAGCAUAUGAAGUUCUUUCCGAUCCCAAGAAAAGAGACUUGUAUGACAAAGGAGGCGAGCAGGCCAUUAAAGAGGGUGGUUCUGGCUGUAGCUUUGGGUCCCCCAUGGAUAUAUUUGACAUGUUCUUUGGAGGAGGUGGAAGAAUGCAAAGAGAGAGGCGAGGUAAAAAUGUUGUUCAUCAGUUGUCAGUAAGUUUAGAAGACUUGUACAAUGGGGCAACAAGAAAACUGGCUCUGCAAAAGAAUGUGAUUUGUGACAAAUGUGAAGGUCGAGGUGGUAAGAAGGGUGCAGUGGAAUGCUGUCCCAACUGCAGAGGUACAGGCAUGCAAAUAAGAAUUCACCAGAUAGGACCAGGAAUGGUUCAGCAAAUCCAGUCGGUCUGUAUGGAGUGUCAGGGCCAUGGGGAGCGUAUCAGUCCAAAGGACAGGUGUAAAAGUUGCACUGGAAGGAAGAUUGUUCGGGAGAAGAAGAUUUUAGAAGUUCAUAUUGAUAAGGGAAUGAAGGAUGGUCAGAAAAUAACAUUCCAUGGUGAAGGGGACCAAGAGCCAGGAUUGGAACCAGGUGAUAUCAUUAUUGUUUUGGAUCAAAAAGACCACCCUACAUUUACAAGACGAGGUGAGGACCUAGUCAUGUGCAUGGACAUACAACUAGUUGAGGCACUAUGUGGCUUUCAGAAACCUAUCACAACGCUGGAUAAUAGAAAUAUAAUUAUUACCUCUCAUCCUGGCCAGGUUGUGAAGCAUGGAGAUGUUAAAUGUGUGCUGAAUGAGGGCAUGCCCAUUUAUCGCAGACCAUAUGAAAAGGGGCGUUUGAUCAUUGAGUUCAAGGUAAACUUCCCAGAUAGUGGUUUUCUUUCUUCUGAUAAAUUGUCUCUUUUGGAAAAGCUGCUGCCUGCAAGGCAGGAGGUGGAAGAGACUGAAGAAAUGGAGCAAGUAGAUCUGGUGGACUUUGACCCAGCUCAAGAAAGAAGACACCACUAUAAUGGAGAAGCCUAUGAAGAUGAUGAGCAUCAUCCCAGAGGUGGUGUUCAGUGUCAGACAUCUUAAACUGGCCAGUGAAUAUCUGUUGUGAUGCUUGUUUUGUAUGCAUUAGUGGAUGAGUGAAGGACUACUUUGCGUCACUACCUGCUAUUGUUUUUGUUGUAAUACUCAACCAUAGUUGUGUUUUUAAAAACAUUAAAUAAAAUUGGCACCAUCAAAAUGAUUUUGCAAUUUGUAUAAAGCUCCAGGCUGCAAGUUCAGAUAAAGCUGAUCCCUUUCCAGCCUUACCUGUUUGGUCCAGAAGUCUGUUACCUUGAUUGCUUGUCUUUAUUUCAGGCCUCGUACUUCUUGUAUCUUAAUUGUGUGCAAAUGCACAAGCUUUAGCUUAAAAGUCAGUGGUGAUCUUUUGGUAUUUUUAGCUUAAUGCCCUAUUAACUAAGUAUGCACAAGUAUUUAUAAUGUUAAGAUUUUAAGUUUUUGUAUGAAUUACAAUAUAACCUGUUAAUGUCUGGAUUUGUAUUGCUAUUUGUUGAAUCGAGAUUUGCUGUAUUGCAGUUACACAGCACUAUAGCCUAUGUUAUCUCCAGCUGCCAGGGUUGCUGUCAGUAUUCACAUCACAUGCCCACUUAACAUAGUGGUGAUAUACAGCCCCCAACCUGCUGCUCUCAUGACAUGUGACCUAGUAUGGAAUCCUGUGCUUGACAUGGGCAACUGUAGUACAGGGUGCAGUCCAAGUUUGCUCCUUACUCAAGUAGAAACUUUAACCCUUGUCAUUCUCUAUUUGUGGAUAGAAGAAGCCAUUUUUAAAAAUCAGUUUUAAAAAAGACUAUCAUGAUAUGUGAAGCUUGACCAUGACUUCCAUCCCUGAAGUCCAUCUACUUCUGCUGGCAAUGUAUUAAGUUGGAAACAUAGCAGACUGGGAGCUUGGAAGGAAGGAGGUAGAAAAAUGGUGCUAUGUAGGGGAUGUAGUAUACAUACAAGUGGUGACCACUUAAAGUAUGUUUCAAAGUUCACAUUUUACCAUGCGCAUUACAAUCUAAUUAUUGAAAGACUACAAAUGUUCUAGUUAUAGGUAAAACCUUUUGGACAUAAUUACAAAACUGUUCAGUAGCUCUUUUCUAAGACUGUUCUGUAGUAGAACAUUUUAUUUAUUCCACUUUUAACCCCUUCCCCUUUUACAAAAAAAAAAAAUCUAACCAGGAUUAAUUAUACUGCAAUGUACUUUUAUAUUGCAGUAGAUCAUUAGCUGUAGUCAUUGUUACAUUUUAAUUACACUUGUCCCUCUUUAUGUGUGAAGGAAUAUCAGGCAUAUCUCAGAAGCUCCUUUGGGACUACUGAAUGGUGGUAUGGAUUGUUGUCUCUUCAGUAGUAGUUAAUGUCUAUCAAAAUCAUAGCCUAAGCUUACCAUCAGAAGAGGUAAUAAAACCUGUGUGCGCCUAGUAGAAUGGAAGGGCAUUCAAUGCAUACAAAUCAGGCCCCAGUUGCAACUUCUUUCAAGGUUUUAGUUCACAAUGUUUAAAAGACAAUCAAUCCACUGUGUUUGUCUACUUUGUGAAUGUAAACUUCCUUUACUAGCCACCAGCUUUGAGGAUGGGUUCCCUAAACACACUGUAGCCCUUUUACUUUGCUAUAUCUUUUAAUCCAUAAGCAUGCUGCCUUCUCUUAUUGCCUAGACUUUGGCCUGACUGGUAGUUCUAGGAUUGCCCUGUGGCAUGUUGGGUUAUAGUCCCAGCUCCCCAGUAAUCUGCUGUGUGGUAUUGGGUAAAGCUGUGUCUUGCCUCUUUUCCCUUCCCCUUUCUAGAUCAGUGUCAUACAUGAGCUAGCUGAUGGGGCAGGGGCAGUUGCAUGUUUGUACAGCACCUGGUAGUAAAAGGGGCCUAACUGUACUUGAGGUCUUCAGGUGCUACUGCAAUAAAAAAAAAUUCUACUGCCACAACUGCUCUUAUGAGUUUCCUUCUGCCUAAUUGCAAGGGCCUGUUCUUGUGCUGUAUUUGCUACAAUUGAUCAUUCCUAUACGUUAUUUUUCAAAAAUGUAUUAUGUUUGUUCACA